ACGGUGCAGUCGAACGCGUGGAUUUUGGUGCUCUGUGUAAAUUCCUCUCUUAACCAUCUGGUGCGUUGUGAAGGGACAUUAAAAGCAUAUACAUCGCGACACAUACGAUAAACCGAUCGACAACUAGAUUAACAUUGUUUUCAUCAAAGUGUAAAUAAAAUUGCUCGAUCGGAUCGAUCGAUCUUUGUAAAUUGAUCUGAUUGACCGGUUUGAAAUAACUGUGCAAAAUGAUGCACACUAUGAGCGAACACACAAGUGGGACUGGAGGACUGGGUGUCAGCGUGCUCCCCUUUGAUGGUAUGGGUUUAUUUGAACAACAACGACCUCGGUUCCUGUUCAAGAUGCCCAAGGUUGUGCCGAAUCAGAAGGCCAAAUUCGAAACGGAGGAACUGUUUAGGAGAUUGAGUCGCGAAAGCGAGGUCAGAUACACUGGUUACCGAGAUAGACCAGUUGAAGAACGUCAGGUACGCUUUCAAAAUGGCUGUCGGGAAGGUUACACGGAGAUCGCGUUCGCCGCGACUGGAACAAACCUUCAGCUCGUUUUCGGCAACGCAUCUGGAAAUUACGGUGGUGACAUCAACGACUGCGAUUUUGAAAAAGAACGGGGCAAGGUGCAUCUCAGGUCUCGCUUAAUAAUGAACGGUGUGUGCGUGAUGUGGCGUGGAUGGAUAGACCUGGAGAGGUUGGACGGUGUUGGAUGUCUGGAAUACGACGAGAAACGCGCCGCUGAAGAAGACGCUCUUCUUCGCGACCAAUUAGAACGUUAUAACCAACGAGUACGCGAUUUCGACGAGAAACAAAGGGCGUACAGAAGCGGAGCUACUCAACCACCUCAUUUGAAUCAUCAUCAUCAUCACCACCAUCAUCACCACGGUCAUCACAGCCACCACGUGGCCGGAAGUGGUUCUGGAACCAGCGGAACCAUCGAGCCUCAUCUCACCCACCGACAAGAUCCCGAGAUGGAAGUCAGAUUGAGGGCCUACUGAGGCUCCGAGAAACUGACCAACGAAACCACUUGACUCCUCUUCGAUUUGGGAUUACUUCCGGAUCGUCCUCGAGUCAACCGAAGACUGGUGGGAGAAACGCGAGAUGAGAGAUCCUUUGGGAGGAAUGUGGCUAACAGUUUGAUACGCGUUCGUAAGGUAUUCACGUUCUUUGGAGUAUAAUUGCACGAGAUUAAGAAUCGCGAAAUGUUGGUAGAGAUUUGUUUGUGGUGAUUUACUGUUUUCGACCUGCACUGAAUAUUUUCCAGGCUAUUGGAUUUGAGUAAUUUUUCGGAACAAUAGAAUUUUUACUUUCGUCGAACAUUUCUAAGGCGUAAGAUUAAGUUAUUCCUCUGAAAAUAAUGCGUGCCGAUACUUUUGACUUGUCGUAGAAAACUUUUUGCGUUGCGUAGAAAACUCCUGACAAUUCUCGUCACCAGAUUUUUCCCACCGUUGAUGAUGUAUCAUUUCCGACAACUUUUAUAAUCGACAGACAUCAAUCACCAUCAAUCGUCAAACACGAUCCAACGAUCAGGAUCAUUAGGUUAAGUGACAAGCGUUUAUCUAUCUUGUUAAUUUCGUUCGAGAUUCUUGACAAAUACCGCACAUCAAGUUGGUGUUUCUGGACGAUCUCUAGGGGAUCGGUAAAAUCUCAUAGACUCAUCCUGCAGACGAAUUUUAUUUAAAAUUAUUACAGUUAGUUAUAUUAAUUACAGAAUACUACCGACGAGAAUCGUAUAUUGAUUCGAAUCACGGAUGAAAAAUCGAUCCUUAUUAUACUCAUCUAUCUUCCAUGUAACAAGACCGAAUUUCUAUGUACAAUUAACGAUAAUAAGAACUAUUAUUAUCGUCGUAUAACACUUAAGCAACGUGUUUGUUUUGACAUUUUUUCUCUCCAUUUAUCUUAUUAAACAUUGAUAAUGAUCGCCUAUAUUAUUACGUUCGAUAUUAUUUUAUUGCAAUGGAAGAAGAGAGUUAUGUAAUUAUUAUUGCAAAAUUGAGAGAUUUUUUAUUCGAUUUUAUGUAAAUACGAUGAUAAUAUGUAUUUUCUUUCUUUCCUUGUUGAUAUAGUGUUUAGCAGCAGGAAUUAAAAUUGAUUCAUGAAUUAAGAUCAAGCUUUUAAAAAAGAAGAAAGAGGAAAAUUAUAUAGAGAGAAGAGAAACUUUACGAUUGUUUCUGUUCCAUCGUAUUCGCCAGGCCAUGCAACGAAGUUUUACGCGUACCUUUUAUCUUCUGUCCUUACCGACGGUGAGAUUUUUCCAGCGGGAAAAAUAGAAUAAAUGGCGUCGCAUGCGAAAACUCGAAUCUUCGCUCCGAUUAACAUAUCAAUGUAGAACGCACGACCGAUGCGGAUAUUUAUUCAAUUACAGAAUCAGCAUUUCUUGAACUUUUGUAUUUUUUUUUUUUAUUAUAUCGUUUAUUUUUAUUUUACAAUUUGUCCAGUGGGACAUUAGGUGAAAUGUUAUAACAUAUGAGCUUUUGUAUUUAGUUAAAUUUUCAUUUGCUUCGUGAUUUAAUUUUAAGUCAGAAAAUCAACAAAAAAAAAAUGGACUUAUUUUUUUUCAUAUCUUCCGUUUUAUUUCCAAUUUAAAAGAUGUAUAUUACCCAGAGCUGGAAAGAAGACCAUAGCAGGUGGGUACAUAGGGGCAAAAGGAAUAUUUUGUCGACACCGCUCAUCAGGCAGUAUAAUUAAAAGAUGUGUCCAUUUCGGUCAAGAAUGUUUGUACUACAGUAGAAAAUGCGUAUAAGAUCGAAAUGUGUCUAAUUCGUUGAGAUCAAGCCGUUCCACUCAUAUUCUUCUCAGCUUUACGCAUCCGAAAUAUUUUAUUUUUCAAUUUCUAUAUUUCAAACACUUAAACGUUGAAGAAAUGUUGUUGAAGAUAUCCAAGUACGAUUGCAAUAGCCGAAUCGUUCGUGUUUUCUCAACAUCGCAAAACAUACGAGAUAUUACUAGUAUUCCUAUUUCGAUGUCACUAGCGUUUUUAUUAUGCAAAUGAAAACAGCGAACAUGUCACUCUUCCACGUCAAUAUUCGAAUUACAGCAAAAUAUUUUCAAUUUUUAUCAGAAAUUAACAUACGAUUUUAAUCUCGAGUCUUCCCAACGAGUGACAAAUGUUUUAUUGGUGGAAGGGCGAGGAAACCAAAGGUAAAUGUCACGUGCUGGAAUUUUGGAGGAAAAGAGAUGAUCGAGCAGUGCGUCAUAUCCAGCAAGGAGUGUGAUUCACAAGAGAAAUCUCUUGGAAGUGAACAUUUGACGAGUCGUCGACCGACAUUUCGUUUCGUAUGCGUCGAAUAUACACGCGAACCGUCACGAUCUUUCCGUUGCAUUGUACAUAUUUGUAAAGAGUUAGGUUAAUUUAUAGCGGCGGCUUCGUGCUCCCUUUUGGGUCGUGUUCACCACGACGCGACGCGGUAUCGUGAAUCACGCUGGGGAAAACCCAGAAGUGACGAGCGACCGUGUGGAAAUCGCGCUCCGAUCUUUCACGCACCGAUUGUAUAAAGCUGUUUAUCGAUUAAACGUAAUUUUCGUCGAACAUUAAUUGCACCUUUG